AAUACUGGAUGGACCAAAGUAUCGAAGUUGAACUUGAAGCGCUCCACGAUCACUGAUCUGUACUUGUAAUGGACGGCUCUUUUCGUAACAGUUCUCGAGAUACCUUGUAGAUGGCGCAGGUAUUCACUGUGGAAGGUUGAACUUACCGACUACCCACAGAUGGAAUUGUAUGUCAAGAGUAAACACUACGUAAAUGUUACUAUCAACAGUUGAGCCCGUGCGCCGCCUUGCAUGGGACCUCCCUAUUCCCAAUGCAGGGUAGAAAAUGAUGUACGAACUGUGUAUCCAUGGAUUUGCAUUGUGUGGUGUGGCUGAAAUGUUCGAUUUAGAAGUUUUCUGUGGAUUCUCAAAGUGAAAAACGAAACAUUAAAAAUGGCAUCAUCACUUAAACGUUCGUGGAGACUUCAAGAUUUCGUAGCCCACAGUUCAAACGUGAACUGUGUGGCCCUUGGCCAUAAAAGUGGGAGAGUUCUGGUGACAGGUGGUGAUGACAAAAAAGUGAAUUUAUGGGCUGUUGGGAAAGUAAAUUGUAUUAUGAGUUUGAGUGGUCACACUACACCUGUAGAAUGUGUGCAAUUUGGUUACACUGAAGAGUUUUUAUGUGCUGGAUCUCAAGCUGGUGCUUUAAAAAUAUGGGAUUUGGAAGCUGCCAAAAUAGUGCGAACUUUAACAGGUCACAAGGGAAGCAUUCGUUGCAUUGAUUUUCAUCCGUACGGGGAUUUUCUCACUUCUGGUUCUUUGGAUACUGCAGUAAAGGUAGAUGUCGAGUAUCUCAAAGGAUCGAAUGUGGACUUCAGCCAUAAGAUGGCAGUGAACAGUGUAAAGUUCAGCCCAGAUGGUCAGUGGAUUGCUUCUGGUGGUGAGGAAGGGCUUAUAAAGCUUUGGGAUCUACGUGCUGGGCGACUUCUGAAAGAAUUCUCGGAACACACUGGAGCUGUCACUACAGUGAAGUUCCACCCUAAUGAAUUUCUCCUGGCCUCAGCUAGUGCAGAUCGAUCUGUAAAUUUCUGGGAUCUUGAGAAUUUCUCACUUGUUUCCACUUCAGAGAAGGAUGUGGGUACUAUUCGUUGCAUCACUUACAGCCCAGAUGGAGAGUGCCUGUUCUCUGGGUCGCAGGAUUUGCUGAAAGUUCAUGGAUGGGAGCCGGCUCGCACUUUUGACACACUCCCUAUGUCGUGGGGUAAAGUGCAAGAUGUAGCGUGUGCUCACAAGCAGUUGAUUGGGGCUUCCUGUCACAUAACAAACGUGGCUCUGCAUGUAGUCGACCUAAGCAAAGUGCAGCCAUUUGGUGGAGCACCAACCCCAUCACCCUUCCUUUCUGGACAGAGCAUACGCAAAAGCUUCAGCAGAGACAAGCCAUUCAAUGUGGCCAAAGCCACAUUGGAUGUGAAGACAAUUGAAGAAGCUGAUAGAUCAGGCACUGAUCCAGAAGAUGAACCUCAGUCAUUCAGCACUGAUAUUCCAAAUGUUGGAGACUACCAAGCAAUUUUUCAACCAAAUCGAAAACGUAAGCCAUUCUUAUGUUCUAGUCUAUUAAGAUAA